AUGGUGCAGAAGGCAAUCGCAGAGCUGAAGGACAGGUCCGGAUCGUCGAAGGCUGCCAUCCUCCGGUAUCUCGUGCAGAAUUACCAGCUUGGAGACAACGUCAGCAAGAUUAAUACUAAUAUUCGUAUGGCGCUCAAAAAGGGUGUCGAGAAGGGAGAGCUGAAACAAGUCACUGGUACUGGAGCUACAGGGAGCUUCAAACUUGGAGAGAAAAAGGCCGCAGCGCCGAAAUUAAGAAGACUGUUGCGAAGAGGGCGGAUAAGGAAGCGAACCUUGCACCGAUAA